AUUUUGCCAGUGCCUGAUUACUUAAUUAUUUUUUUUAAUCAGUGAUCAAGAGGAUCUGUAGUGGAUGCACAUAAUUGAAAUGUCAUUGCUGAUGCAAACACAGAAGCAACAUUUUAAUGUUACAGUUGAUAGAGGUGGGCACAUCUUAACUACUUCUAUCUGCUGGACAGUUUAAUCUGCAGCACAAUAUCAUAUUAAAACAUUUUAUACAUUGAUCAUAUAUUUUCUUUGUAAUUGUUUAAGUAACUAGCAUAGUCAAUAAAGUGUCGGUUAAAAGCUGGAGAUUCAGUCACUAUCAAAUCGUUUUUGUGAUAUCCCAAAGUGUUUUAGUAUAGUAGUAAUAUUAGUAUAUUAUUAUAAAGUACAUCCCAACAGUGUGCAAUGUAGCAUGAAACUGUACAGAACAAGGGAUGUAGUCUUUGUGACGUCACCAAUAUGUUUCUGAAGAGUCAUUGUGAAGCUCAGUGACGCUGGCCGUCACCAUCUUGGCAGUGCCUGACUCCAGGCUCAUUCAAAAAUGGGCAGAGAGGUGGAGUGUGGGUGGAGUUGAGGUCAGCUGAUUGAUGCCCGGUUACUAAACGCUGGCAGCUCACUCAUAGCAGCCAUGCCUCUAGUUAUGCAUAACUUUAACCCUUAACCUACUUUAACUCCUAACACUGUCCGUUUUGGUUUUUAAUCAAUACCUUCACAGCUAUUGAAUGUAUUGCCAUGAAUUUUGAUGUACAGUUACCAGAAGAAGAAUUCUUGUGACUUUGGAAUUAAUUCAGUUGUUUUUAGCCUAAAAGAUCUGACCUAAAAAUAAAGUUGUGGUAGUGUUUAACGCGGCUGUUUUAUUCACAAUAAUAGUUUGUACCCAACCACCAAUUGUGUAAAGAAAACAUCUGGAACAUCUUUACAUCGAAGGCAUCAUGUUUGCAUUUUGCACAUGCACAUUAAUCUUAGCUCAGUGCUCUAGUUGCAUAGAUAUUUACACAAUCUGCCUAACCAAUUUAAGGCAGCUUCCUUUGCAAUUUCAGGAAGUCAGAUCUAAACAGUUGCAAUUACGAAAAUUAGGAAUUAGGAAGUAGCUGAUCAGUCUUGUCUCUCAGUGGCUUGUGUUGUUCUCUGCUCACUCCCCGACAUGGCUGUUCAUCUCAGCUUUUUUCUGAUCCUCACUGGACUCACAGGAAUUCAUGGAAUAACUACAGUCAGUGAAGUGUCAGUAAAGGCUGGAGGCUCAAUCUCUAUCCCAUGUCUCUAUGGCUCACAGUACAGAAACCAUGUGAAAUACUUGUGUAAAGGAUAUUAUUUUCGCCACUGCUCAUAUGCAGUUAAAACAAACCAACAAAGUUCAGGAAAGUUUUCAAUCUCUGAUGACAAAAACCAAAGAAUCUUCACUGUGACUAUAAAUGAUCUGAUGGAUACAGACGCUGACUACUGGUGUGCUGUGGAAAUUAAUGGAGGGUCAGAUGUUGAAGAGUAUUUUCACCUGUCAGUCACCACAGAUUUGCCCAGACUAUAUGUGGACCAUCAGGAGAUCACAGGAUUUCAUGGAGAAAAAAUAACCAUCAAUUGUUUCCAUCAUAACUCUGGAGAAAUGAAGUGGUGCAGGCUGGGCGGCUCCUGUCUGAGCUCAUCGGGAUCAAUAGAUGGAACAAGAGUGACCAUCAAUGCAAGUUCUAGUGUUGUUACUGUGACGAUGAGCGAACUGACGACAGACAGCAGCGGCUGGUAUUUGUGUGUCCACAGAGACUUACAGAUGCCAGUGCACCUCACUGUUACUGAGAAACCUACUACGAGAAUUCAUGGCAUAACUACAGUCAGUAAUGUGUCAGUAAAGGCUGGAGGCUCAAUCUCUAUCCCAUGUCUCUAUGGCUCACAGUACAGAAACCAUGUGAAAUACUUGUGUAAAGGAUAUUAUUUUCGCCACUGCUCAUAUGCAGUGAAAACAAACCAACGAAGCUCAGGAAAGUUUUUGAUCUCUGAUGACAAAAACCAAAGAAUCUUCACUGUGACUAUAAAUGAUCUGAUGGAUACAGACGCUGACUACUGGUGUGCUGUGGAAAUUAAUGGAGGGUCAGAUGUUGAAGAGUAUUUUCACCUGUCAGUCACCAGAGAUUUGCCCAGACUAUAUGUGGACCAUCAGGAGAUCACAGGAUUUCAUGGAGAAAAAAUAACCAUCAAUUGUUUCCAUCAUAACUCUGGAGAAAUGAAGUGGUGCAGGCUGGGCGGCUCCUGUCUGAGCUCAUCGGGAUCAAUAGAUGGAACAAGAGUGACCAUCAAUGCAAGUUCUAGUGUUGUUACUGUGACGAUGAGCGAACUGACGACAGACAGCUUACUUACAGAUGCCAGUGCACCUCACUGUUACUGAGAAACCUACUACUGCAACAACCAGUUUAACCCCCAUUUCACCUGCUCCAGAGUCUAAGAAUCCCACAGAGCAACCACCGAACACAGAUCAGGCUGAACAGGACAGUGGUACAGUUGUCUCAAAGAGCUUCAUCAUCCGUUUGAGUUUGCUGAUCUUCACUGUAAUGGUGACCUUGUUCAUCUGGUAUAUGCUAAAAAGACAGAUGCAGACCAGAGUCGAAUCAUCAGCCACAACAACAGGAUGAUAUUCUGAUUCAUCUCUCAGUACAAAGAAGGAGGGGUGCUAUUGUGACUAUUUGCUGAAGCAACAUCAAUAAUAAAAAUUUCAGGGACUAUGCUGUGCUGUCCCUUUACAGCUGCAGGACUACUGUGUAUCACUGGUGAUAAAUGUCUGAUAGUUAAAUGACAUAAGAAGCUCAAGAGGAAAUAACUUACAGUAAUGUCAAGAAAAAGAGACAAGCCUCAGGGACGGUAAGGGACGGUAUGAAAAUUAUUGGGGCAGAACCUUUUUUGUUUGUUUUUUUUUUUGUUUUGAUUUGUUUUAUUUCAGCACAACUGUUCAGAUUUUCUUUGGAUCCCACAUCCAGCAAAAAGCUAAAUCUGCUGAAUGGAAAAUGGGAAAUUUUCAGCCAGAGUUGUAAAGAGUUUAAACAAAAAAAAGAAGCGCAUCAAAUGUGUGUAUAAUUUAAAACAUACAGAUCUCAGUUACACAGUAAUUCCUCUGAUCAUGUGUGCCUGAAAGGUAUUUGUACGCAGUGGUUCUGGUCAUGUUGAUGUUGUCUUAGCUGAACAAGUCUCAUAGAACAGUGUGUACACUUUAUGUACAGGAUAUUUGGUUUGUUCUUUCAUCAGGCUGAAGAGGAAGUAACAUACAGUAAUGUCAAACAUGUGAGACGAUCUUCAAGGGGGGUAAUACAUGACUUGUUUUCCACAAUAUUACCACAUUAAAAGGCACACACAAUAUUUAUUGUUCAGCACACACAUCAUUUAUUGAAUACAGCAAAAAGCACCAAGAAAAGAAACAAUAUGUAUAAUCUGGCAUUGUUUGAUUUUGCCAUAACUUCUAACUCCUUUUUUCAUUUUGAGGUUUUUACAGCUUCUCCCCAUUUUUGAUCCUCCUCUGCAUAGCUGCAAAACAUUUCAAAACAAGUACUGACCUGGGUCUGAUUUUCCAAAAUCGUUGUACAGUUACAAGAUGGUCAAUUCUGUGAGAGGUUUUCCCCAAAAGCAUCCUGCACUGAUGCAGGAGUUUUUUGUCCACAUUUUUAUGACGUUUGAUGUAAAAUGAAUGUUUAAGUUACGUUGAUAAGUGAUAUCUGAUAAGUUGAUAAUGUUUAAGUUACCAAAAAAAUAAAAAUAAAACUGUCAAACUACCAAACGCAUGCAAAUGAAUUCAACAACUGAUCUGCCAUUUUCUGUUGUCUUCAUCCUCCUCUACCUCUUCUCGUCUAAUCUAUUGAUCUCU